CCCGGGUCCCGCCGCCGCCGCCGCUGCCGCCGCCGCCUCCGCCUCGGCCAUGGCCCGGCCGCUGGUGCCCAGCUCGCAGAAGGCGCUGCUGCUGGAGCUCAAGGGUCUGCAGGAGGAGCCGGUGGAGGGCUUCCGGGUGACCCUGGUGGACGAGGGCGACCUGUACAACUGGGAGGUGGCGAUCUUCGGGCCCCCCAACACCUACUACGAGGGCGGCUACUUUAAGGCACGCCUCAAAUUCCCCAUCGACUACCCUUAUUCCCCUCCGGCCUUCCGCUUCCUGACCAAGAUGUGGCACCCCAACAUCUAUGAGACGGGGGACGUGUGUAUCUCCAUCCUUCAUCCCCCAGUCGACGAUCCCCAGAGCGGGGAGCUGCCGUCGGAGCGGUGGAAUCCCACUCAGAACGUCAGGACCAUCCUCCUGAGCGUCAUCUCUCUCCUCAACGAGCCCAACACCUUCUCCCCCGCCAAUGUGGAUGCCUCCGUCAUGUACCGGAAGUGGAAGGAGAGUAAAGGCAAGGACCGGGAGUACACUGACAUCAUCCGGAAGCAGGUCCUGGGGACCAAGGUGGAUGCAGAGAGGGAUGGCGUGAAGGUACCGACCACACUGGCCGAGUACUGCGUGCAGACCAAGGCCCCGGUGCCCGACGACGCCUCUGACCUCUUCUAUGAUGACUACUAUGAGGACGCCGAGGCUGAGGCUGACAGCUGCUUCGGGGAUGAUGACGACCCAUCAGGGCCUGAGGAGUCCUGACGCUGCGUCCCCAAUAAACUGACGAAUGUGACCUGGCCGGGCCCGUGUGUGGGCUGGGGCCCUCCGCCGAGACUACCUCACGCAGGUGCGCGUGCCGACCCUGGGCUCCCUGGGGCGGGCCCCCCACCCACACCUCCCUACCUGGGGCGGGCCUCAACCUCAGUGCGGCCUUUGGGGCUGGGCUUCGGCCACCGGGGCCGGGACUAUGGGGCCCAGCGCGUUCGGGGACAGACUUCUGGGCCGGCUGCCGCUGCCCCGCUUUGGUUUGUUUGGAAUCUAAAUAAAAGGACUUUGUGAGAA